AUGUUAAGAGAACGACAUACAUCAAGAAAACAUAGUUCAUAUAAAACUGUUCAUAUGACAAAUGAAGAUCGAUUGGUUCGAUUAUGUCAUUAUAGUCUUGAAUACACAUCUGAUUCAAACGCAUCAACAGCUUGGAUUAUAAAAAACAUUACAUUAGAAAGUAAUAUUGAAAGUAUUAGAUCAUAUGCCAAACAAUUACCAACAGAUAUAACAACAGAAGAACAAGAAGAGAAUUAUGCAAGAAAGUUUAUAGAAUGUUCUAAGUUAUUAUCAACAAAACAAGGAAUGUAUGCAUAUUUAUUGUUUUUAUUAACAAAAAUUGAACCAUUAAAACAAUUAUCAAAGAAAAUAAUAAACAAAAUAAUAACAGAAAUAAAAAUAUUAAGUGAAGAAGAAACUGAUGUUAUUGAAUUUAAGAAUAUAAUAAAAUUUAUUUGUGAAUGUUAUAAUAUGAAAAUAUUUGAAGAAGAAUUUAUAGAAUCUAUUUAUAAAACAUUACUAAAAAAUCUUGAAGGAAAUGAAAGGACAUAUGAUAAGGAUCAGAUUGCACAUGUUAUUUGUGGAAGUUGUAUUGUUUUAAAAAACAAAAAUUUAUGUAAUUCAAUAAUGGAAAAAGUAAAUUUAUAUAUUCAAUUAAAUAAAAAUGAAAAAACAUAUUUAAUAAAAAAAAUCAUUAAUUCAAAUGAUUUCUUAAAAAUAUAUUUAGAUGAAUGGAAAAAAGAUAUUGAAGGAAAAUAUAAUGAAAUUUUAUUUGAUUAUUCAAAAUAUGAAAAAUUAAAUGAAGAAGCAGAAAAAUAUACAAUUGUAUUAAAUGAAAAUAUUAAAUUAAAACCAAUGUAUAUUUCAUUUGAAGAAAUUAUUCCAACAACAAUGGAAAAUAAUUUUAGUAAAAUGAUAACAAUUGAAUUUAUGACAGAUGUAAUUCAAACAUUUUAUAAUGAUCCAUCAUUAUUAUUAAUGUAUGUUCAAUUAAUUUCAACUCAACAAAUUGAUUUUACAUUAUUUAGUAAUAUUCUUUUUGUUCAAUAUUUAUUAGGAAUAGUACCAAAUUGGAGAGUAUUAAAUUCAACAUUUAGUAGAAUGUUAUUAUUCAUUGAAACAACAUUUGCACCAGUAACACAAAUUGAAAUGAAAUUAUUUGAAGAAAUAGAAGAAUUACCAAUAACAACAAUAAAUAGAUUUGCACAUUAUUUAUCAAAUAAAUAUAUUUCAAUGAAUUUUAGAUUUACUGAACCAUUAUGGAAAAAAUAUGAAAAUAAAAUAAAAGAAGGAAUAAUGUGUAAAUAUUUCUUUACAAUUUUUUUUAAUGAUUUAACAAUUUAUGGAACAAGAGAUAUUGAAAGCGAUAUGAUUUCAACUGAUUUAAGAAAAUAUCUUAAUAUUAAUGGUCAAAAUGAAAUUAAUAUCGAUAAUAUCGAUAGAUCUUUAUUUGAAACUUUAAUUGAUGAAAUGAAAAAUAAAACUUUAAUUAGUGAUAUUAAUUCUAAAUUAUCUAGUACUUUUGGUGAUGUUGAUAUUUCUAAUGAAUUACUUGCUAAAGUAAUAUUAAGUAAUUUUACUGAUACAGUUUCUUCAUUUGAUGGUUGUAUUCAAACUUAUAAACAAUGUAUUAAAGAUUUAAUGAAUUCAAAAGAUGCAAUAUUUAUUUGGUUAAAUUUAUUACAUGAAAUGAAUUUAAAUAUUCCUUUAGAAUCAAUUAUAAUGAUUAAACGUUUAAUUUAUUUUGAAAUCAUUUCAAAAGAAAUUGUUAUUGAAUGGAUUUUAACUAAAAUUGGUAAUAUUUUUAAUGGUAUUCAUUACAUCGAAUUUUUAGUUGAAUUAAUUUCUUCUAUUCCAAAUAAUUCUUCUUUAAUUAAUCAAUGUUCUUCUGUUUUUGAAACUGAAGCUAAAAAUUAUUCUAAUCAAUUUGAACAACGUAUUCUUUAUGAAAAUUUAAUUUAUUUCAAUGAAGAAAUUAAACUUUAA